AUGGGAAGUUUAUUUUGCCUUUACUGUUUCUUACUUUUAAGUUGCGUGUGCUCCGAGCGGCGAAACUUUCGCAUAGUUAUUGAUCACAUAACCACUAAGAUUUUCGAUAAUAAGACCAUCGAAAAAUUGAGUUGCCAAGUCGAACAAAGCAGUAAUCGCAGUUAUGUAAAUUGUGAUUUGCUACUAAAUUGUGAAGUCGUCAAAUUGGAUGCUCGAAACGUAGUGAGUUUCCUUAAGCCAAAUGGGCAAGAAAUGAAGUUAUACGAAGGUCGAUCUGAUGCCUGCAUCCUAAUCGGAAGUUUUCAAAGGAAUCGUUUAGUGAACAUAUUUUCAAAAAACUUUAAAAGGUAUUCUAACUUGCAGUGCCCCCUCAAGGCGAAUUUCAACUAUACCGUGAAAAAUCUUUAUGUGGACGAGCAAGAUUUGCCCACAUUCGUGCCGUCUGGAGGGUUCCGAUCCAUAAUUGAAUUUUAUCUUAAUAAAACUUUCAUGUCAACACGAGUUAUAACCCAAGGAAGUGUUAUACCUAGACUCUAA